AUGCCUCCCACGCGCUCCCCUCCCACGCCCGUCCCCGCGCCGCCGGCGGCGGUGGUGGCUCCCCCCUGCGCCGACCACGGAUUCGCCUCCUGGUUCAUGCCCCUGCCUCCGCCUCCGGUUGGUCGUCCAGGGGCGGUCGCGCUGCUGCGGAGAUCUUUUCCUCUCCUGCGUUCAUCCUCCCUGCCACGGCCAGAUCCAGUUUCAACGAGCUACGACCAGGACGGUGUCUUGGCUUCCGUGGAGUUUGUCCCUGACUCGCAGCCGCCCGUGGCGUUGGUCCGGGCUGCGGUUGGGUCGGCUCAAGCCCCUCCUCCUGCGCAUGCCGCGCGCCUUGAAGUUCCGGUCGGUGGAGGCAUUAACUGCUCGGGUGCGGAGCAGCUGGCCGCCUCCAUCCCUCCUACCUCUGGUGCGCCUUCUAUGCAGGCGAUACGGUUCGACGCGGGGCGCGAGGCUGAGGUGACCGGAGGCUGGCAGCUCGUCGCGUCGCGUAAAGGCCCGCGCAGUCCGGCUUUGGCCGCCCCGGCAUUCAAGCCGGCGCCCAUCCCCCGAUGGCUCCUAGGCCGGUGCUGUAGGUGUCUCCACCGUGGGCAUAGGGCUGAGGCGUGCCGUGACCCGCUGCGCUAUUCACGCUGCCUCCAGAAUGGCCAUAAAUCUCGUGGUUGCAAGAACCAGUGGAAGCCAUUAAGCUUGUUGGACUCCCCCGGAGUGCCUCCACCCCCUCUCCCUCGGCCUGCCGCUGUUGCUGUCCAAGUAGCAGCUCCUCGCUCUGGUCGUGGCUGGGAGAAUCCUCUGCUGCCUACUGCAACCUCUCCGGCGCCACGAUGCUCCGCCUCGGUGAUGCGUCGCUCCGUCCGGAGGAGGACUACGUCGUCGUCCCUGCAACGCCUGAGAUGCAGGCUGAGUCUGCUCUCCUCUCCACCAACGGGGCAGUUGCCUGGCUAG